AGGUAAUCUCCGAUCGCCAAUAUCAUUGUAUCGUCUUGUUAAAUCGUCUUUGAAUUUCGUAUGUGUUUGGGAUCAUAAGUGGCGAGAUCGUUCCAUUUCAGUCGCCGAUGUUCUUCGAAUUUCAUCUAGUGGCGUCUUAUACUUAGAAAUUAUACUGCAUUUCUGUGUUCCAUUCGCCUAGUAUUCUACUACGUAAAAGCAGCCGAUCAGGGUUAGAAAUUGAUAUAGGAUUUGCAUUUUUCUCUGUGGAACGACUUGGUUUUUUCUCUGUGGAACGACUUUUUUGUUUUUUUUUUUAUGUCAUUAUUACUUGGAAGAUACGAAAAUUGGGGCAAGAUGCAGCACACUCCAGUUACCAUAGAGGACCAGUUAAUAUCGAAAGCUGUAAGGGAAGAAUGUCCAUGGGAAAACCUCCCAAAACGACUUCAUUCUAUUCUUGGGUCGAAAGAUGAAUGGCAUAGAAGGGUCACUGAGCAUUGUAUUAAAAAAAGACUCCUAUGGAAUACGUGUUUUGCUUGUAAAGUUUGCAAAGAAGGUGAAUACUAUGAAGAUAUGAUGCGUUACUUGCGGAAGAAUCUGGCGCUGUUUCCGUAUCACCUUGCGGAGUAUGUAUGCCGUGUGAUGAGGAUAUCACCUUUCAGAUACUACUGUGAUAUGAUAUUUGAAGUCAUGAGAAAUGAGCAACCAUAUGACAGUAUCCCAAACUUCAGUGCGGCAGAUGCUUUCCGGCUUACGGGCAUAGGGAGAAAUGAAUUCAUUGAUAUCAUGAAUAAAUGCAGAUCUAAGAAAAUUAUGUGGAAGCUGAACAAAUCGAUUGCAAAAGAGUUCUUACCUACACAACCUGUGGAUUUCCCUAUUGACCCUUGGUGGGGUGUUUGCCUUGUUAACUUCACGAUAGAAGAGUUUAAGAAACUUUCAGAAGAUGAGAUGGCGACAAUAGAUAAAAUUUGCAAAGAGGAAGCUAAUGCAUAUGUACUCUUUGAUCCGGAAGUCAUAAAAGGCCUCUACCGAAGAGGAUUGGUAUAUUUUGAUGUUCCAGUCUACCAGGAUGACCGUUUUAAAGUUUCAAAGCUUGAAGGGUUCAUAUCCAACAGAGAGCAGUCGUACGAAGAUCCUAUUGAAGAAUUACUCUAUGCAGUUUUUGUUGUUUCAAAUGAGAACUCAACAGUUGCAGAACUGGCAUCCACUUUGCAAGCUGACCUAGCUCAGUUACAGGCUGCUGCAUCUUUUGUUUGCCGGUUGGGAUGGGCUGUGAAGUUAAUUGAUCCGGCUUCUGUGCUUCAUGACAAGAUUAUGCCAGAGUCUCCUCGUGCCAUCCUCAGUGAUGAAGAAGCUGCAUCUCGUGCUGGUUUAGGCUUUACUUACAUGUCUGCUGAUGGUGAGACAGCUCAACAUGGCGAUAAUUUAGGGGCAGAAAGCUCUGGAUCACGUUCUAGUCAUGUUCGGGUUGCUUUCAUAGUUGAUGCUAAUAUAACAUCGUAUCUAAUGAUGGGUUCUGUGUCGCCAGGAUUGAAAUCUCAUGCGGUAACACUCUAUGAAGCGGGAAAACUCGGGCAUACUAGUAUCCCGGACCUUUGCCAGGAUUUGAGCACAUUAGAGGGAGCAAAAUUUGAGGGUGAACUGCAAGAAUUUGCAAAUCAUGCCUUUAGCCUUCGUUGUGUCCUGGAAUGUUUGAUAUCUGGUGGAGUUGCUACUGAUACAACAGUUGAUACGAUGGGUUCGGGAACUUUGAGCAAUGAGGAGGCUGUGACUCUUCUUGCAGAUGUUACUUUUCCUGAUAAUUCGGGAGAUUCUUUAACCAGCCAAAAUAGUGAGGCUUCGAUGGUUUCAGAUGCCCCUCAGGGGGAUCCCUUGAUAACAGAACGUGUCCCUGAAAGCCCUGAGCAUGAAGCAGCUUCAACGACACUUUCCGUUGAUACUACUGCCUUGACUGAGACCUUCAGUUCUAACCUAAGCCUUCAGGAUGCCGGAAAGCCAAUCCCCAUAGAAGGACCCGAGACCGGUAAAGGAAACAAAAAAAGGAAGAGAUAUCGCGUUGAUAUUCUCCGUUGUGAAAGUCUGGCUUCUCUAACACCAGCUACUCUAAAUCGUCUGUUUUCCCGUGACUACGAUAUUGUUGUUUCAAUGAUUCCUCUCCCACUUACGACUGUUCUACCUGGACCUUCAGGGCCCGUUCAUUUCGGUCCUCCCUCCCAUUCAUCCAUGACACAGUGGAUGAAACUGGUAUUGUAUUCAACCGUAGGCACUGGGCCUUUGUCGGUUAUCUUGAUGAAAGGGCAGUGUCUGAGGAUGCUUCCUGCUCCACUAGCUGGCUGUGAGAAAGCUCUCAUUUGGUCUUGGGAUGGAUCUUCGGUUGGUGGGUUAGGAAACAAGUUUGAAGGUAACUUGGUCAAGGGAAAUAUACUCCUCCACUGUUUAAAUUGCCUUCUCAAGUGUUCUGCUGUUCUCGUUCAGCCUCUCAGCAAGCAUGAUCUUGAUAGCUCUGGAAGAAUUGUUACUUUAGAUAUACCAUUACCCCUGAAGAACUCUGAUGGUUCCAUUCCUCAUUUCGGCGACGAGCUUGGACUUCCCCUUGAGGAAAAUACAAAGUUGAACUCUCUAUUAACUAAGCUGGCGAACAACAUGGAAUUGUGGACAGUCGGUUACAUUCGCCUUUUGAAACUCUUUAAAGCAAAGGAUUCGUCAGGCCACUUUUCUCCGGACGAUGAUGAGAAGUAUGAAUGGGUCCCUUUAACUGUGGAGUUUGGUCUGCCACUUUUCAGCCCAAAGUUAUGCAACAAUAUCUGCAAAAGAAUCGUCUCAUCACAGUUACUUCAAGCUGAUUCGCUCAUGGAACAACACGAUGCAAUGCAAUGCAUAAGGAAAAGGUUGAAGGAUAUAUGUGCACAGUACCAAGCAACAGGUCCAGCUGCUAAAAUUCUUUACCAGAAAGAACAAGCAAAAGAGGCUCCUCGUAGUAAGCUCAUGAACUACGCAAGCGGAAGGUGGAAUCCACUCGUGGACACUUCCUCACCAAUAUCUGGUGCCACUAGUGAAUUUCAACGGUUGAAACUAGCUAAUCGCCAACGUUGCCGGACAGAAGUUCUGAGCUUCGAUGGCAGCAUCCUUAGAUCCUACACCCUGAGCCCUGUCUAUGAGGCAGCCACAAGAACCAUCGACGAGAAUGCACCUUUAACCACAACAAAGACAGAUGCUGAAGAAGCAGAGAGCCGAGAAGUGACUCUUCCAGGACUGAACCUUCUCUAUGAUGGUUCGGAGUUGCACCCUUUUGACAUUGGUGCUUGCCUUCAGGCUCGUCAACCAGUUGCUCUUAUAGCAGAAGCUGCUGCUGCAUCUGCAAUCCUUGCCCCAAAGUAAACUAGACUCUAUCCAAAUCUCAUAGGGACAACAAGUGAAUAUCAACACUGAUAUUUCCAAUCUUAUCCGUCUUCAAAGUCCAAUAGUCAGUUGUAUUACUAGGAUCUAGCUCUGGGCAUUCCUUUUGUAUCUGCAUAUAAAUUUUGGUGUGGGCAUUCAGUUAUCUCGGUUUUACAAAUUCAUGACCAAAUAAAAUCCAAUUUUUUUUUGGUUUUAUGCAAUUUCGGUAUGAAAUUUGUUUGAUUUGA